UCAGACUAGUGCAGCUAGUCACCAUCCACGCAGGACAGCAGCGUGCUUCUCUUAUCCGUGGAUAUAAAUAUUGUUAUUACCUUUACAAUACUGCCUUGGGAUUCUUGCCACCUUUUCGUUACUUCUUCAAUUUGGUCUCCUCAUUUUUUGUGGGAUCACUCUGCCUCCUCCCCGUCUCCUUCCCUGCCCUUCUUCCCCGCGAGCAUCACCCUUCCUCGGAUAACUUUUCCACCCUAAACCGACUCCCCGUCAUCCCGCGCACGCUCCUUCCCCGGUUGCAGGUGGUUAAUCUCUUGGGGCUCUUACAUGGGGCGCGCGGUGUCGUUUGGAAAAUGCUCCGCAGUCGGCGUGUGAGCGCCUCGCGGAAGCAGCCGGGAUCGGAGUCGCUGUCGUCGGCGCGCGUCUCUCGGUGGUGCCGCCGCCAGAGCAGCAGUAGCGGCAGUCAGUGAGCGGCGGCGAUGGUGCCCCCCGCGGUGGCGGAGCUCGGGCGUCAGCGUCGCUGGACCGGGGCGACCGGAGGCUGGCUCCGGAUCACGUUGAUGUCGUUUCUUGCCACUUUACCCGUGGAGCAAUUGCGCGCCUUCCCGUCUUCGCUCAGCGACUGCCAGACGCCCACCGGCUGGAACUGCUCGGGUUUUGAUGACCGAGACACGGACCUGUUUUUGUGUGAUACCAACACAUGCAAGUUUGACGGCGAGUGCCUAAGAAUUGGGAACAUGGUGACUUGCAUUUGUGACUUUAAGUGCAACAACGACUAUGCUCCAGUUUGCGGCUCCAACAAUCAAAACUACCAGAAUGAGUGUUUUCUGCGUAGAGACGCUUGCAAACAGCAGUCAGAAGUACUUAUUCUGUCAGAGGGCGCCUGUCCCAUGGAUGCGGGUUCGGGAUCAGGAGAUGACGGUGGAGAGGGCUCAGCAGAAGCGGGUCAGAAGGAAACAUCCACUUGCGACAUUUGCCAGUUUGGUGCCGAGUGUGACGUGGACGCAGAGGAUGUUUGGUGUGUUUGCAACAUCGACUGUUCCCACAUUAGCUUCAACCCAGUGUGCGCCUCGGACGGCCGUUCCUAUGACAACCCCUGCCAGGUGAAGGAAGCAUCCUGUCAGAAGCAGGAACGUAUCGAGGUCAAGCACCUGGGACACUGCCAAGAUGGGAACAAAGGCAGAGAUGGACAUUUCUCACCCACUGACAUAACUGGAAACGGACAGGCAGAUGGCCUGUACACCCCCUGUCCAGAUCUCUACAAGAAUUAUUGCGUACAUGGAGAGUGUCAGUUCCCCAGCAUACCUGCCCAGCCCUCAUGCAGUUGCCACUCAGGUUUCAGCGGACCCCAGUGCGACACCAAAGAGUACAACGUGCUCUACGUGGUCCCGGGCUCUGGCAAACUGCACUACGUUCUCAUCGCUUCCGUCAUCGGAGCACUGCAGGUGGUCAUCAUCUGCGUGGUGGUGCUCUGCAUUACGAGAAAGUGCCCUCGCUCCAACAGGAUCAACCGGCAGAAGCAAAACAAUGUCCACUUCAGUUCGGAGAACACCAUGCGCGCCUCAACCCGACUUAUCUGAGCCUGUUGGACGAAAACUGCUGUCUGCUUUACAGGAGGCUCGUCUUGUUAAAUGUCCUCCCCUCCCCCACAUUUUGUAGAGAAACCCAUAAAAAAGUAGGAUCUGUUUCCCUCUCGUGGCUGGGCCUGCUCCCUGUCGCUCUCCCUCCCGCAGUCCAUCUCUCGUUCUCUCUCCGAACUUACACGAAUGCCCAAGGAGAGUAGGGGGAGGAGGUCUCGCAACGAGAAAAGAUAGAGCUGGCACACUAGUGACUGCGAAACUCACACACACAGAAUGUUGUGGACAGCGUCACUUUAAAGGUCUUUUCAGAAAACACCUCGGGGUGAAAUGUCAGGGUGGGGCUGAGAAUACUGAAUGUGAGUAUGUAUGUGUGAGUGUAUUAGAUGUGUGAGUUUUGGUAGAUGCGGGUUAGCCGGUGUCUGUCAUUUGUAGUCGAGGGGGCAAAACAAAUUGGGCUAGUCCAAAGCAGGGUAAGGGGGCUUUAAUUGAGGUUUUUCUUUAUUCCCAUGGGGGGUGGGGGGGGCUACACGUGAUGCCUUGCACCUUGUGUUAUAGGAGACCCCUGACGGAGGUCCUGAUGUUAUUAUAGAGCUCUCUUCUUCGGUUGUGACAAUGACUUCAGCUAUUGUAUCUUGAGUUCUGUUUCCAUGAGUUAUUACAACGUUGUCUCUAUGGGGUCAUUUUUUUCUGUAAAUGUAAAUAAAUAAUUUAUAUCACGAAAUGUA